AUGACCGAACUGAAAACUACUGUAUCCGAAGAAAAUACGUUAUCUACUAAAGGAUAUAAACUAACUAAAUUCGUUGGUGAAGGAGCAUACGCUAAGGUUUAUUUAACUGAAUAUUCAGGAAAAGAAGAUAAUAAUAAAAUAACACUUGCUUGCAAAAUUAUCGAAACAUCAAAAGCUCCCAAGGAUUUUGUUGUGAAAUUUUUACCUCGUGAGAUUGAUGUGCUCAUACGUUUAAAUCAUCCUCACUUAAUUCACGUUCAUAGUAUAUUUCAAAGAAAAACCAAAUAUUAUAUUUUCAUGCGAUAUAGUGAAAAUGGCGAUCUUUUAGGCUAUAUUCUAAAAAACGGUUGUGUUUCUGAGAACCAAUCGAGGGUCUGGCUGCGGCAGUUGGCUUUAGGUUUACAGUAUUUGCAUGAAUUAGAGAUCAGUCAUAGAGAUAUUAAAUGUGAAAACGUAUUAUUAACAGCGAAUUUUAACGUUAAGUUAUCCGACUUUGGAUUUUCAAGAUUUUGCGUCGAUGAAGAAGACGAAUCAAUUCUAAGUGAAACUUAUUGCGGUUCUAUGUCAUAUGCAGCACCAGAAAUACUACGAGGGAAACCUUAUCUACCGAAACCAACUGACCUGUGGUCUUUAGGAGUUGUACUAUUUGUGAUGUUAAAUAAAUCCAUGCCGUUCGAUGAUACACGUAUGAGGAAGCUUUAUGAGCAACAGAUGGGCAAGAAAUAUAGAUUUAGAUCACGAGUCGCAAGUAUUCUCUCUUUAGAGUGCAAAUCUGUCGUCAAACACUUGCUAGAACCAGAUCCUGGACUAAGACACUCGGCCACACAGAUACUAGGCUCAGAUUGGAUUGCUAUGGAUAGUAGACUUACUACUCUUAACGCAGUAGAAGCCGCUGCUCUUCAAAGAGCAAAAGACGAACGUCAUAAAUUAUCCGACAUACAUAAAUACAAAUUAAGACAAGGAGAUAUUUUAGAAAGACAACGCGGUGAAUCUACUAAUAGGCUUAAUAUAAUUGAAGAUUUAAAAUUAACUGGAUCUGAACAGUUGACUCUUGCUACUCGGGGAUAUAAAAUUAUAAAGAAAAUAAAUGAGGGCUCGUAUGCAAAGGUUUACUUGGCAGAAUAUAAAAAUCCAAACAAGAAUGAUAAACUAUCAGUAUUAGCUUGCAAAGUUAUCGAUACCACUACAGCUCCUAAAGAUUUUGUGAGAAAAUUUCUACCGAGAGAAAUAGAUAUGUUAAUAAAACUAAAUCAUCCACACCUUGUACACACGCACAGUAUAUUUCAGAGGAGAUACAAGUAUUUUAUAUUCAUGAGAUACAUGGAACAUGGAGAUUUGCUUGAACAUAUAUUACAAAAAGGCGCAGUCCAGGAAGAUCAGGCUAGAAUUUGGACCAGACAGCUCGCUCUCGCUAUACAAUACAUGCAUGAGCUAGAAAUUGCGCACAGAGAUAUUAAAUGUGAAAAUGUUCUUCUAACUGCAAAUCAGAACGCUAAACUUUCAGAUUUUGGAUUUGCUCGAAUGUGUGUCGAUAACAGGCUCAAAGAUAUAUCUAGCGAUACAUUUUGCGGGUCACUAUCUUACACGGCGCCAGAAAUCUUACAAGGCUCUCCGUAUUUACCUAAACCUACUGAUAUUUGGUCAUUGGGUAUUGUGAUAUACGUAAUGUUAAACAGGGCGAUGCCAUUUGAAGAUAAGCACAUAAAACAACUGCAUCAAGCUCAAGUUAAUAAAAGUUGGCGUUUUCGAGCUCGGUAUAUAGACGCCUUAUCAGAUAAUUGCAAAAGACUAGUCACAUUGAUGUUGGAACCAAAUUAUCGUCAUAGAAUAAAGAUAGAUUCUAUAAUAAAUAGCGAAUGGAUCGCUAUGGAUACUAGACUACUGGAGUGGACUUCACAAGAAACGAGUGCUUAUAAAAAGGCAAGAGAGGAGAAGAAACAUUUGUUGAAGAAUUUGGAAAUAGUAGAUUCUAUCAAAGACCCUAUUCCACAAGCAUCUAUUGUAAAAAAUACCUGUGGCAUAAGUGAAUCUUCUUCAUCA